AUGACGACCCGCUACAAGAAGAACCGGCACCUGCGCGGCGCGAUCUCCGCGGGCCGUGGGCGCAUCGGCAAGCACCGUAAGCACCCGGGCGGCUGCGGCAACGCUGGCGGGCAGCACCACCACAGGAUCAAUUUCGACAAGUACCACCCCGGCUACUUCGGCAAGGUGGGCAUGCGGAACUUCCACCUCAUCAAGCACGGGAAGGUCUGCCCCUUGAUCAAUGUCGACAAGCUCUGGUCGCUGGUGCCCGAGGGGACGCGGGAGCAGUUCGCGGCGAAGAAGGACAAGGCCCCCGUCAUCGACGUGAUGAAGGCGGGCUACAUGAAGGUCUGCGGCAAGGGGCAACUUCCCGAGCAGCCGCUCAUCGUGAAGGCGCGGUACUUCACGAAGGAGGCCGAGGCGAAGAUCAAGGAGGCAGGCGGCGUCUGCGUCCUGUGUGCCUGA